UCUCUCUCUCUCUCAACAUGCCUCAUGUAGGUUCAACAAGAUGGUGCCCCACACCAGAGCAGCUGAUGAUCUUGGAAGAGAUGUAUAGGGGUGGGAUAAGGACUCCAAACGCUUCCCAAAUUCAACAGAUAACUUCCCACCUUUCUUUCUAUGGAAAGAUUGAAGGAAAGAACGUCUUCUAUUGGUUCCAAAAUCACAAGGCCAGGGACAGGCAAAAGCUGAGGAGGAGGCUCAGUAGACAACUACAAUUGCAACAACAACAAUAUCAACAACAGCAGCAGCAGCAGCAGCCGCCUCUGAUGGAAACUGCUUCCCUUUGGCUUCCCCAUCAAAACCCACCUCAAUUUCUUCACCAGGGAGGUUUGGAAGAAGCAAACCAAGUGAUGAAUUUCCUGUGCAAAUUGGAGACUCCGAAAAGUGAAGAAACAGAGAGGCCAGCAGUGGGAUAUGGACACGAUUGGAUGGUGAUGAUGGAUGUGGGACCAGCUCCAUGUCACAGGCCUCCCAGAACCCUAGAGCUCUUCCCCAUCAAAAGCACUGGCCUCAAAGAAGAGAACAACACGUCCCAGCUCUUCUCUUGUUCGGCGUCCACCAGCUAAUAGGAAAAAAAAAAAUGAUACUCUCGCAUGGUGUGAUCAUCCACAUGCGCAUGCGCAAAGCCAGGCACGCAUGUAACUCAAAUCAGACCGUCCAAAUCAUGGGCCCCAAAUUUUGGUUUAGCUCCAAAAUCUGAUCAGUUGUCUGAUCCUAAUCCACUGAUUGAUGCCCAUCGCUACUUUACGUUUCAACUCUCUAAUUGAUGGACACUUAUCAGAGAACUAGGAUAAUCUGACUUCAUGCAAGGCGAUGGUGAAAGCUUUAUCGAAGAUGGGACCAACAUUUGAACGGUUUAGAUUGACGUAUGUGCUAGCAACGUACACUACGUCUUUGUGCAUGCGCAUAGAUAGUCGUGCUCUUGCGAGUGUAUCGAAUAACUUCCCUAACUAAAAAUUGCAUGUUACAUGAACAUAUGCUUUAUGUAUCUUUCCCAACUUUCCUUCUUAUUCUAGAGCCAGAAGAACUCUUUUGUC